UUUAUUCAGUGGCCAAGCGGUACAGAAUUCAUAGUAUUCGUUCCGUGACAAGAUAGUAUUCGUUCCGCGAUCGACGCGAACAUGUGGAUCCGUACGAUAUUCUGCGUGAUCGCUGUGUUCGCAGCAACGUGUGCCGUUAAUUGCGAGAAAUUACGUUCGCCAAUCCCCGUUGAAGAAGUUGACUUAAAUGCAACGCAGUAUAAUAUAGCAGCUACGGAUGAUAAAAAUUUCUGGGAAUGGCUGUCCAGUUUAAUAUCCGCUGGUGGAUCCAUAACAGUACCCGUGACAACAACUGAACUUCCGAGACCAGCGACUGAAUCGUGUUUACCUUGCAAAUGUGGUUUAACGAACACACAGAAACGGAUCGUAGGUGGUGUUGAGACCCAAGUUAAUCAAUAUCCAUGGAUGGCAUUAAUGAUGUUUAGAGGACGAUUCUAUUGCGGCGGAUCUGUUAUAAGUUCUCGUUAUGUAUUAACCGCUGCUCAUUGUGUCGACAGGUUCGAUCCGAAACUCAUGUUAAUUCGGAUAUUAGAGCACGAUCGCAAUUCUACCACAGAGACAGAGAUUCAAGAAUUCAAAGUCGAGAAAGUGAUCAAGCAUAGCGGUUAUUCGACGUACAACUAUAACAAUGACAUCGCGCUCGUCAAACUGAAGGACGCCAUUCGAUUCGAGGGAAAGAUGAGGCCUGUUUGCCUUCCAGAACGAGCUAAAACAUUUGCUGGAUUAAAUGGAACAGUAACCGGUUGGGGCGCAUUAGAAGAGGCUGGCUCGAUAUCGCAAACUCUGCAGGAAGUGACGGUUCCGAUUCUCACGAAUGCCGAGUGUCGCGCAACUAAAUAUCCGGCGCGGAAGAUCACAGACAAUAUGCUGUGCGCAGGUUAUCAAGAGGGAAGCAAGGAUUCGUGUCAGGGAGACAGUGGUGGCCCCUUACAUGUUUUUAAUGACAACAGUUAUCAAGUAGUUGGAGUGGUAUCCUGGGGCGAAGGAUGCGCGAAGCCUGGCUAUCCCGGCGUUUACAGCAGGGUGAAUCGUUACCUCUCAUGGAUAGCGAAUAACACCGAGGACGGGUGUUAUUGUUAACAUUGUAUAACGAUGAAUAAUAAUCGAAAGGUCACGAUACGUGUACAAGAAUCUUGACUCAUGUUUCGAUUAUUUUUCUAUUCAUCGUCCUGGCCGACUGAAAACUUAAUACUCGCACGAUUCUACGAGUGUAUUUUUCAAAAGACUAGAAUUCGUCCUCGUGGAAUAUUUCUUCCAGGAAUUUAGGAUUUUAACGAAUUUUUAUAGUCGACCAUGAAACAAUAUGACUACAAGCUCAGCAUAUUUAAUCUUGGUGGUCUUUCAUUCAGUACUAAAUUUAUUUAUCAACUAUACAUAUAUAGAUUAACCCUCUAUAAUGUCAAAAUUACGUAUCUGUGUUUUUUAAAUAUUAUUUUUCAUAUUUAUUGUAUCCUCUUAUUACCAAGUAAUCUAUCAAUAGCUAUUGUUAAUUUUUUGCUUUGAUAAAAAAAUUUAAGAUUUUAUAUCUUAGAAUUAAAGUUAUGUCGAAACUUUACAUUAUGGAAUAUGAGAAAAUGAUCAAAAUUAGUAAAUAACGAAAUUUCAAUAUAUUUUCAUGGCUAGGCCGAAGCCAAAUGAAUUAAUUAUUAAUGACUGUGGGAUGAAAAGAAAAGAAAGUAUGUAAUCAUAUGUAAUUCUUAACUUUAUUCUCAACUGUAGAGAAAGAUAGAAGAUUAUAGAGGGAUGAAAUUAGUUUCAUGGAGUUUACGAGAAGUUAAAAAUAAUAGCUAGCUUCGCGAUCCGUUAUUCUACGUCGAUGCAGGCGAGACAA